CCCAGCCUUCCCAACUUACUGGUGAACGACAGGAACUGUGUUAAGUCUUCAUCGAGGAGCCGGAGGGACGCGUUCAUGAGAAUUCCCAGUCAUUUUCCGUCUAUUUUUAUUUUUGAUUUAGUUUUUGUUGGUCUUCGCAGCAGAUUGAAACAAACCUGUGUGUCUGGGCAUGUAUUACAGUCUUCUCUUGGCUUCGGCGCUGUUGUUUUUUUGCACACCGUCAGGUGAAUCCACCGAGAGCGUUUCUCCACAGAACCUUCAUGGUCCGGUGAAGAUCCGGGUCUUGACCGGUAGUUUCGCAGUUCUACCCUGUGCGUUCAACACUACCACCAGUCCUGGCUUCCCGACGACAGUGGAGUGGUCCAAGAAAGACCUGAAGGACGACAUCGUCUUUUUGUACCGCGAUGGCCGCGAAACGCACGAGAUGAAGAACCCCGCCUUCGAGUACAGGACGAACUUCAUCCUGAAGUUGCAGAAAUACGGAAAUGUCUCCCUGAGGAUCUCAGAUGUCCGGCUGUCUGAUGCUGGAACUUACCUGUGCAAAAAGCUGUGGAAGAGUUCGCUUCGUGACAUCACAACGGUGGAACUCGAAGUGGCUGCGGUUUCUGAGCCAAAACUCUCAAUGGUUUCUGGGGAGCGUGCCGGCGUGACUGUGCAGUGUGAGGUGGGCUGCUGGCUGCCCGAACCUGAGAUCAGGCUUCUGGAUGAUCGAGGAAAUGAGCUCCCUGCUGAGAACAAGGAAAAAGGAGAAAUAACAGCUGGUGGAUGUUACACGGUGAAACGAAGAGUGACCCUCCAAGAUGCAACCAGCAGUGUCCGCUGCGAAGUUUGGGAAUCACAGUUCAACCAGUCCAGGGACACGGAAAUCUACAUACCAGCCAACUGCCUGGCAUCCUCCAAUCUGCUGUUCAUCAUCGGAUGGACUCUUUUUGGCAUACUGGCGUGUGCAUUAUCUGCAGUAUGUGUCAUGUGGCUCUGGAAGAAAUUCUGCAAAAGGGUCUUGUGUCUUUGUCUUCACGCAGGAGAGGAACAGAAACUUCCAGUGAUUCGGCACUCUUCCAGUGAAAGUAUUGACAUUGGUAAAUCUGAAAAGCAGUCGCUGCUGGAGCAAAACCACAUUGUUGAUCUGCUGACCAAGGAGAACGAGAAGCUCAAGUCAGAGCUUGAGAAGGCCAACAGCCAGCUGCAGAGAAGAGACAAACCUCAACCUGGUCUAGCUGGCAAACAGGUGGUUUGCCAGCUAGACCAACCAAUGGUUAACUCUUCAACACCUUGUAACAAACGUCCAACAUUACCCAACCAACCCCAAAGCAUGCGUCCAAAACCCGCAGUCCAAAGGCAGAAGAGCAAUCCCGGACCCCCCCGCCCAAUCCAAAUAAGCCAUCGCAACAUCAGUAGUCCGGAUCUGUACUCGGGUAACACUGCAGCAUCCUCCGUUUCUCCUUCAAGAGGCGUCACCACAGAGUCAAAACGACAACGUUCUAUGAGCGAUGGUUUCUCUAGUCGUGAUUCAUACCCCCGAAGGCUCCAGCGCAGACAGUCCUUUGGGACUCCGUCGUCAGUCCUGUCCAACAACCCGUACGGUCCACUAGACAAACUGAACGAAGAGUCUGACGGGUGAAUGUCUUGAGAGGAUAAGCCUGCUGCAUCUUCUGAUGCUAAACACCUCUCCUGGGGGGUGUGGUUUUGUCAGACGGGAAGUUCAGAGCUGAGCUUGAGUCUGUCCAUCAGUUCUCAGGGGCACACGAUGCAGCUGACACCGUUCUGCCUGACGCUGGGUCGCCUUUCUUUACUUCCUUCCUUUCUAUGUUUUCCUUAUUUUCAUCUACCCUUCCUUCCAUCCUUCCUUCCAUCCAUCCCUGCAGCGUGUCUGCGAAUCACCCCGGACACGUCCCAGUUCUAUCGCUACUCCUCCGUUUCCCUGAGCUGCGUCCAUCACUCCAACGCGUCGGGCUGGAAGGUGAAGAGGAAUACCUCGGAGGGCGGAGUCACACUGUGCUCUUCCAGCUGGGGCGCAACCUCCUCGGGCUCGACUUGCACCAUUGGAAACGUCUACUCACUGGACAGCGGCACCUACUGGUGUGAAUCUACAGACGGGAAACAGAGCAAUGGCAUCCACGUCAACGUCUCAGACGGGUCUGUGAUCCUGGAGAGCCCGGCGCUCCCGGUGGCCAUGGGAGCGACCUUGAUUCUGCGCUGCAGAGCUCAGGGGCACCCGCCCAACAGCCUGUUUCAUUUCUACAGAGAUGGCCGCCUGAUCAGCAGCGGCUCCUCAGAGAUGACCAUCUAUAACGUUUCCAAGUCCGAUGAGGGACUCUACAAGUGCCGCCUCUCUGGAGGCAAAGAGUCACCGUCCAGCUGGCUGAACGUCGACGCAUCACAUCCUUCUUCAUCCUCACAACCACCUGCAGCUUCAUGUCCACAUUCUGUCCUUAGACUGAUGUGUCACCUGCUGGUGGGAACUCCGUACCUGCUGUCCACCAUCUUACUUGCGCUCAUAUACAGAGACAGGAAGAGAGGUAGCGUGUCGUUCCACUUUGGCAAGCCAAUUACCAAGAGUUGUUCAGAGCUACAGACUGAGAAAUGUAUUUACAAACAUCAUUGA